AUGGGGAUGAUCCGGGGCUCGCGAAGCCGCCGCCUUCACCCACGCCGCUGCCCGCCCCGCAGCCCGCCGCUCAGCCCUCGUCAUGGCGCUUUGUUGGCCUUCUUGGCCGGAGGGCCAGACCCGGUAGCCCUGCUGCCUCUACUUCCAGCCCUGGUUCCUGUGCCUCCUGUGGUGGGGACCCCGCCACCCCCACCACCGCCGCCGCCGCCGCCGCCGCCACCGCCCUCAGAAGUGCGUCAGAAUUACCACCCAGAAUGCGAAGCUGCCCUCAACAAGCACAUCAACCUGGAGCUGCAUGCCUCCUACGUGUACCUGUCCAUGGCCUUCUACUUCGACCGCCAGGAAGUGGCCUUGAAGCACUUCGCUACCUUCUUCUUGUGGCAGUGGAGGGAGGAAUGGGAGCAAGCCCAGACGCUGAUGCGGCUGCAGAACCAGCGAGGGGGUCGCAUCCACCUGGGCGAUAUCCGGAGGCCUGACCGAAGCCACUGGGAGAGCGGCCAGAGGGCCAUAAAAAUCGCCUUGCAAAUGGAGAGAAUGGUGAACCAGAGCCUGCUCAAUCUAUUCCACCUGGCUAGAAGCAAGAAUGACGCCCACCUGUGUGAUUUCCUGGAGCGUCACCACUUGCGCCAGGAUGUGAAGUUCAUCAGAAACUUGGCAGAAAGUGUCGUCAACCUGCGCAAGCUAGGGGCCCCGGAAUCUAGCCUGGCAGAGUACCUCUUUGGCCAUCUCACCCUCGGUGACAGCACGGAGAACUGA